UCAGGAUGGAGGACUCUUCCAUACUAAACGCUUUUGAUAACGUACAUGUUACUAUGUUUGCUUUGUUUUGCUUUAAGCUUUUAAUAAAAAUUUCAUUGGCUCUGCUUACUCACUUCUACAUUGUACGAGGGAACAGAAAGGAGGCUGCCAGGAUAGCAGAGGAGAUCUAUGGAAUAACACCAGGAUCAUGGGCAGACCGAUCUCCACUUCAUGAAGCUGCUCUGCAAGGCCGACUAUUAUCCUUGAAAACACUAAUAGCACAGGGAUUUAAUGUGAACAUUGUGACGGUGGAUCGAAUAUCUGCACUUCAUGAAGCCUGCCUUGGUGGUCAUGUUGCUUGUGCAAAGGUUUUACUGGAGAAUGGAGCUAAAGUGAAUGCAGUCUCUGUGGAUGGGAUUACACCACUUUUUAAUGCCUGCUGUAGUGGCAGUGCUGCGUGUGUUAACGUACUUUUGGAGUACGGAGCUAAACCCCAGCUAGAGUGCCAGUUGGCAUCACCCAUUCACGAAGCUGUGAAAAGAGGUCACAGAGAGUGUAUGGAAAUUCUCUUAAAUAAUGGUGUAAACAUUGACCAAGAAGCAGCCCAUUACGGCACACCUCUUUAUGUGGCAUGUGUCUUCCAGAGGACAGAAUGUGUUAGGAAACUGCUGCAUUUAGGAGCAAAUGUAGACCUUGGGAUAUGUCUAGAUUCUCCACUUCAUGCUGCUGCCAGGAAGUCCAGUGCAGAAAUAGUCACAAUGCUUAUAGACUACGGUGCAAAUGUUAAGUGCCGAAAUGCUGAGGGGGUUCGGCCAGUGGAACUUGCAGUCCCAAAUAGCAAAGUAGAAAGUGCACUUCUGCUACGGGAAGGUCCAGAUCUCCUGGUACAGCUUUGUCGACUAUGCAUACGAAAGUGCUUAGGUCGAUCACGUCUUAACAAAAUUUCUGUACUGCAUCUUCCAAAGCGAUUAAAAGAUUUCCUUCUCUAUCGGUAACUGGACAAUUUUCUUGGAGCAACAUUCUUGUAACAUGACAAUUAUUUGUAUAAAUAGGACAUAAACAGAGCAUCAGGCUUGAUGCACAAGCCAGCUGAAAUACAUUUCCAAUAUGUAAUGAUUUUUUGUAUUUGCUUAUGUAUUUGCUGUUUUGAUUAAAGUCACAUGACUUCUGGAUUUAUUGAAGACAAUUUGAUUAUAUGACCACCUUGUUAAAAAUGCCCACUCCUGCAGCACAAUCCAUGGUCUGGGUAAACCUUACUAAUCACAAAUGAUGGCAUUUUUGAAUAUUCAUCACUUGUUUACUGUUCAGAGACCUGAAUCUGUGGUCUGCAUCAUUUCUUAGCCAUCAGACUGGUUUGUAAAUAUUUGAUAAUUCUUUAAGUUGUAAAUAUGUCUUCAACUUUUUAGUUUGCAUUUUAAUGCUUUUAACCUUUCCAGUUUAAAUGCUGUUAUCUUCCAUGGACAUGUUUUUAAAGAAAUAUUUUUUAAUUCUUUGUGAAACAUAAUCUGUUGUGGAAAAAUACAGAGCUUUGA